CUGGCAGACAACAAAAUCGAGCAAGCAACAAGGCAGGCAUCAUUUUUGAAAUACAGUAAAAAACGUUUGCUUGAGUGUAGUACUAGAAGUUUGUGUUGUUUUGUGUGAGCUUCCGCAGAUAUAGUAAAAUUAACUAGCGCAAUCAAAAUGGAACCCAUGGCACUUGGUAGUCCCAUCAGCAGUCCGGGCAGCAGCAAUCAAAGUCAAUAUUUGCCGCCAUUUCUCAUGGGCGAUCCACAAGCAAUGACGCCUCACAACAACACGCUGUCGCCUAAGAUGGGUGGAGGACGCUACAACGUUAGCUUCGCAUCGCCCAGUAACCCAAACACGCCACAAGAAUUGGGCUAUAACAAUAAUCCGCAUCAAUUGAAUCGCUCCACACUCGGGACACGCACUCUUUUCACGGGUGGCGCCGCUGGCCUUAACAUGACUGGCGCUGGCGGCGGCGGUGGCGGCAACACAGCUAGCCAUCAAGCUGGUCCGCCUACCCAAGGACUCUUUGAUUCGCUGCGUAAUGAACAAAACUUGGGCUCAACACCGCAACGUACGCACCUGAACCUGUUGCAGACAUCGCAUCUGAACAGCUCCAACUACAGCCUCAACCAGAGCUGUCAUCCGCCCACAGCACAGUUGAAUGACUCGUAUGCGCCCAAUGCCAUUAAUGCCUCCAUGCGUGCUCUCUGCUCGCCGCUCAGCAGCGUUUCACCACUGACAUCGCCGACGUCCCACCACGCUCGUGCCAUCGACUUUUGGGUUACCAUCUUUGGCUUCUCGCCGGGCGCCAGUUCAAUGAUACUGCAGCAUUUCACCAUGUGCGGCACCAUUGUGGAUGUGGUGCAUGCGCCGCAGAGUGGCAACUGGAUGCAUGUGCGCUUUGCAUCGCGCAUCGAGAGCGACAAGGCACUCAACUACAAUCUACGCAUCAUUGCCAACAAUGUGAUGGUGGGCGUCACUCGCUGCACCGACGAGUCGGUACUAGACAAGGAGAACAAUCAGCUGAAGUCGCCGGGGCUGAAGGAACCAACGUUGCCGCGUCCAAAGGUUCGUCCACUGGCUCAGCAAGCGUACAACCAGGCGCAGCUGGAGAACGAGGUAUCGCCCAAGAGCAGUGUGCCGCAGAAGAGUUCUGGGCUGGUGAACAAGGCGAUGGAUAUGUUGUUUGGCUGGUGAGAGGAAGAGGAUGGCAGAGUAUCGAGGACGGGAAUGUGAAUUGCGACGGGAGCACAGAACACUGCCCACUUUUUUUUGUUUGUUUCCGCCUCAAAUUGCAAACAUAAGUUCGAUCCUAAUGCGUACAUUUAAUAAUAAUAAUCGUAAU